AUGGAGUCUGAUCAAUCUAGUUCCGCCAAUUCCUUUGAUAGUGGAGCCUCUUCGGAGGUAAGUGUGGCAAAUACAGACCAGGAAUACAGUCCAAAACCUUUUACCAGAAAUCAGAAGGAUAAGAUAGGAGAUGCUAAUGAAAAUAAAACACAGGAGCAAACAGAAGAAUUGCAAAGUUUACAGAAAACCAAAACCAGUUUAUUUUCCCCAAGAUUAUAUGAAAAUAGAAAGAGAGUUUUACUGAGAUUUCUUUUAACGAAUGGAGUAUUAUGUACAUUCAUUAUGACUAUUUUUGUUUUAUUCUGGGGCACAACCUAUAAUGCAACAGGCUACUAUCACAAAGUUAGGAUUCUGGCUGUUAUUCAGGAUGAUAUAGUAGAUAGUAGCUUGCCGGUGGUACCGAUGACCUCGUAUCUACAGAGUAGUAUAAACGAAGUGCCUGGACAGUGGCAUGUGUACAAUACCUCAACUUUUCAAGAAAAAUAUAAUGUCACCACUGUUGAAGAAAUAAAUGAGAAGGUACAAAGUCUCAUAUAUGACGAAAAAUUUUUUGUAUCUCUAAAUGUACAACCAAACGUCACCAGGACUUUAUUUGACUCAUUAACAAAUAACAAAAGUACAUCCUUAUUCAAUUCGAGUUCAUGUUUUCAGUCAACAUAUGAGAGUGGACGUGAUCCUAUCAAUAUUAUAGGGUUUAUCGUCCCUCUUAUAACGGAAUUGGAGACUUAUUUCCAACAAUAUUAUUCUAGCCAAUAUUUGCCUCAAUUUUUGAAUAAUAUCACAAUAGAAACUCCAUUAAAUUAUACUAAGCUAUCUUAUGCAUCACAAAUGAAAUUUGACUAUCUGGAUUAUAGACCCUUUUAUGACCGUAUUUUGUAUGGACCUGCACAAGUGGGCCCUAUUUAUACAAUGACUCUGACCGUUUUCCUAUUCAUGAUAUAUGGAUCUGUUCACGCCAGAAUGGCACAAAUUUUGAAACCAAAUAAUGCCAUCUUCUUUAGGUGGUUCCUAAACUGUUUGACCUGCUUUCUUGUGUCAUUGUUCAUUUGUACAGUAAGUGCCAUAUUCCAAGUUGAUUUCACAAGGGCCUUUGGUAAAGCCGGGUUCAUUAUAUACUGGAUGACGACGUGGCUAUAUAUGUUCGCUGUUGCUGGUAUUCAUGAAAAUGUGAUUAGUAUUAUCUUUUCAUAUAGAAGAUAUUUUACAGGUAUGUGGAUUUUAGGCUUUACUAUGUUGAAUAUAGCGCCAACGAUUUUUUCUAUGGCACUUGAUGACACUUUUUAUCGUUAUGGUUAUGCAAUGCCAAUGCAUAAUGCUAUAGACAUAUACAGAGUCAUUUUCAUGGACCUUUCUAGGUAUAAAUUGGGAAGAAACUAUGGUAUUUUGGUGGCAUACGUAGUUAUUAACGCUAUUUUAAAUCCUUUCAUACUAAGGUUUGUCAGGAAAGUGGUUGAGAGAAGGGAAGCAGCAUUAAAGAAUUAG